AAGUUAAUAUUCACUUAUUACAUGCAAAUAAUUUGAAAGCAUGUAUAUUUGGAUUUACAAUGCAUGCUUUCAUAUACCGAUGGACAUAAUAAAACACACACUGGCAAUGAUGUAAGCAGCAAAGGGAACAACAACAGAAACAACAACAACAUCGAAAUAAAUACAGAAAUUGACUAUUAAUCAGAAAAUGGACCAGUACGAUCAACACGAUGAUGGUCCAGGAUUUGUUGGAAUAAAAUUCUGCAAAGAAUGUAACAAUAUGUUGUACCCGAAAGAAGACAAAGAAAGCAGAAAUCUACUUUAUGCUUGUCGCAAUUGUGAUUAUCAGCAAAUAGCAGACAACCCAUGUAUAUAUGUGAACAAGAUUACACAUGAAGUGGACGAGCUGACCCAGAUUAUUGGAGAUGUGAUUGCGGACCCAACCCUUCCCCGGACUGACGACCAUCCAUGCCCGAGAUGUGGACACAAGGAAUCAGUUUUCUUCCAGUCUCACAGUUCAAGGGCAGAGGAGGGUAUGAGACUGUAUUAUGUCUGCACCAACGCCCAGUGUGUUCACAGAUGGACAGAGUGAUACCACCCCAGACCUCUUUCAGUUCUGUGGACAAAUCCAACAAACAUUUUGUGGUUGCUUGUUACCCUGCAGUUCAAAAUUAAGUGUACAUUCAUAAGGAUAUUCUUUGAACGUCUAUUGAAUAGCUCAAACGUUUGAAUUAAUCUAUGUAUUAGGGAGCGUUUCGUAAAUUUGACCAUACUUAUUCAGAUGGCUUUUUAUAUUGGUUUGAAAUAUUGUUUGCUCUAAAGUCUAUCCUCGCAGUUUUGAAUAUUGUUCAAUCAAUGUCUAUGUCUUUUCAUAGUUAACUACUGCAAAACUGCCCUUUUUUCACGCAUUGUAAACUGUAAUGAAGCCUCGCUUUGGGAUAUUGGGGUUUAUGCAUGUGCUAAAAUUGUUGUCCCAGAUUAGUUUGUGCAGUUUGUAGACUAAUCAGGCGUGGCACUUUCCUCUUUGGAAUUUUUUAUUUGUAUGCAGUCUCUUCUAAAAGCAAAUCCAGGUUGGGCAAAAUUUGAGAGUUUCCCCUGAAUAGCCAGUGCAGUCAGUCUCAAUUUCGGCUGAUAGCCAGUGCAGUCAGUCACAAUUUCGGCUGAUACAAAUCCUGUUUUUCCAGAGCGAGGCUAUAUUUGUGAAAAAGUGGCAAAAGCAAAUACCAUUAGCAUCAACUAUUCCGCAUACCCAUAAUCUACUUUCUUAUGUUUUGCCACAUUUCCUGCACACAAUUCUGCUUGAAGAAUUUUGUUUUGAUAAUUGCUAUUUAAAUAUGCAGUAAUAUAUAAAGUUUGACAACUUCAAGUUUUGAAGAGGUAAAUUUUAAAUGUCACAUACCUUUGACGCUAGAAAUUUUACCAUCGAUGAUUUUCAUAAUAAACAUCACAAUGAUU